AUGUCCCUCUUGAGAACAGUAGUAAUCAUAGUCUCGGACACUGCAGCUGCGGACCCAACCACAGAUCGGAGCGGAGAUGUACUCAAACAGGCAUUUGCAGCUGAUGCAGCAGGCAAAUUUGAGGAGCCUUCGGUCGAGAUCGUUCCAGACGAUAUUUCACAGAUCCAGCGUGCGAUUCGAAGAUGGACAGAUGGGGAGAAUCGCGCCAACUUGAUAGUCACGACUGGUGGCACCGGCUUCGCCGUCAAGGAUUUUACGCCCGAGGCUGUCUCCCCAUUGCUCGAUCGUGAAGCUCCGGGCCUUGUUCACGCCAUGCUCCGGACAUCGUUCGAGGUCACACCCUUUGCCAUGAUGUCUCGACCGGUAGCUGGUGUCCGCAGGAAGACCAUCAUCAUCACCCUACCCGGCUCACCGAAAGGCGCCAAGGAGAAUCUGCAAGCGGUGCUGAAGCUUCUACCCCACGCCUGCAUGCAAGCUGCUGGCGAAGACUCUAGGACCGCACACGCUGGUGGUGUGAAGAAGCUUGAGAGGGACGCCGGCGUUUCCGCGACUUCAGCUGGCGGCCAUUCUCAUUCCCACUCUCAUACUCAUGACCACCACCACGACCACAGUCAUGGUGGUCAUAAAGCGCCAAAGCCACGCACGGAUCCGUCUCAGCGCCCACAGUCUAACGAUCCUGCGCUUGGAGCUACUGCACGAGCACGCUCCUCUCCUUACCCAAUGCUCACUGUUACCGACGCAGUGUCAACCAUUCUCUCUAAAAGUCCCGCACCUAUCCCAGUCUCACAUCCUCUUACCCCUGAUAUUGUUGGUGCUGUGAUCUCCUCCGACAUUGCCGCUUCCGAAGCUGUCCCCGCUUACCGCGCCAGCAUCGUCGAUGGCUACGCCGUGAUCGUCCCCUCGGACAAGACCAAGCUCAAGGGGACAUUCCCAGUCGCCUCCGUAUCGCACGCUCAGGCUUCCUCCAUGCCACCACCACUCCAAGAAGGACAAAUCGCGCGCAUCACGACUGGCGCUCCACUACCGGAAGGCGCCGACGCAGUUGUCAUGGUCGAAGAUACAGUAGUCGCCAGCACGACCGAAGACCGGAAAGAGGAGGCGACGGUCGAGAUCCUUACUGAUGCCUUGGAGAAAGGCGAGAAUGUGCGCGAGCCCGGCAGCGACAUUUCACUGGGCAGCGUCAUCCUACGCAAGGGCCAACGCAUCAGCGCCAUUGGCGGCGAGGUAGGCGUAUUGGCUGCGGCGGGCAUCAAAGACGUGCCAACCUACCGCCGACCGCGCGUGGGCGUGAUGAGCACGGGCGACGAAGUCACCGACAUCUCCUUCCCGGGCGAGCUGCAAGGCGGCAUGAUCCGCGACAGCAACCGCCCGAGCCUGCUCAGCCUGAUCCGCGGCUGGGGCCUGUGCGAAGAAGUCCUCGACCUGGGCGUCGCGCGCGACACGCCCGAAGGCGAGCUCGAGCGCCGGCUCCGCGACGCCCUGCGCACCGCCGACGUCGACGUCCUCGUCACGACCGGCGGCGUCAGCAUGGGCGAGCUGGACCUGCUGAAACCCACGGUCGAGCGUGCCAUGGGCGGCACCGUGCACUUUGGCCGCGUGAGCAUGAAGCCGGGGAAGCCCACCACCUUCGCGUCCGUGCCCUUCAAGGGCACCGCGGACGGGGCGCGCUCCGAGCGCCUCCUCUUCGGCCUCCCCGGCAACCCGGCGAGCGCGAUCGUGACGGCGAAUCUGUUCCUGUUGCCGUGCCUGCAGAAAAUGAGUGGGCUGCAGGAGGGGGGGAGGGGGUUGGAGCGCGUGCUCGUCACACUGGCGGAGAAGGUGCGCUGCGAUAAGGCGCGCGUCGAGUAUCAUCGGGUGGUGGUCAGUGGGGCGAGGGAUGGGGCGCUCGUGGCGAGGAGCACGGGCAUGCAGCGCUCGAGUCGCGUGGGGAGUCUGGCGAGCGCGAAUGCGCUGCUGGAGCUGCCGCAGAGGGAGGGGGUGUUGGAGGCAGGGGAGAAGUGUGAGGCGCUGAUGAUGGGGCCUGUGCUGGGGUUUGGGGGCCAGACCGCGCUGUAG